AUGAAGUUUCUGACGCCUUCUUCUCUUGUCCUGUCCCUAUGGAUCGGGGGUUUUGCCUCCGCAGACUUCCAUAUUGUCGAAUUAGCGGGCACCACGGAAAAGUGGGGUGUUCCGUCAAAUAAAUACAACUGCGGCGGAGUCAAUUAUGCCAUAGACAACAACGCCGAGAUCAAGGGCUCUAUCGGCUCGUCCUACAUGUCGAUGAGUGGCACCAAUCUCUGCGGAGCUAAGAAUAUCGACUUUUACAAACAGCCUGAUGGAUCGUACAAGUUUUAUAUUGCGAAUGGAGACGGCUCGGCACAGGGCCAGUGCUAUCACAAUGAGACUUCAAACGGAAGGAUGCUAAAGACAGAGGAAUUAGAUGAGAGUUUGCUUACUGUUUUUGUAACACAAAGACACUCUGGCCAGUCUAGCCCUAUGCUCAGCAAUGAAACCAAAUUUGUCAUGUACUAUUAUCUAAACUAA